AAAACUUGGCCGUGUGUGAAUAUAGUGAUAAUGCCAUACAGGGCGGUGUGCAGGCAGGCAGGGGACCCGACGGUGUAAUGUGGUCGGGGGGAGGGUUGAUCUGUCGACUAAGAACCAUUCAGGCGAUUGGGAACUUUAAACAGUUGUUGUGAAUGCGGUCGGACGGGCGAGCGUGACGGCGGUGUGACUUCAAGAGACGUCUUCACAGAAGAAGUUGUCCGCACACAGCGAGCUGCAGGAAAUAUACAUUUAGUAAUAAGGUUGUCACUGUCCCGUACGAGACGAUGUUUCUUUUUGCGCUCUGCCUAUACCUCGGGAAGUUGGUGUCGUCCGGUGUCAGUUUGGAGUUCCGUUAUCACAACACCGUGGAGGUGGAGAGAUACCUGCGGGACGUUAACAACACCUUCGACUUCACACACCUGCACAGUAUUGGAAAGUCUGUUGAAGGGAGAGACCUCUGGGUGCUCAUUCUGGGAAAGAAUCCGGCUGAGCACCGGAUGGGAAUUCCUGAAUUCAAAUAUGUUGGGAAUAUGCAUGGAAAUGAGGUGGUGGGCAGAGUUCUCCUGCUCCAGCUGAUCGAUCACCUGACCCGUGGUUACCUUAGCGACCCGCUGGUGACCCGCCUCCUGAACAGCACCCGCGUCCACAUCCUGGUUUCCAUGAACCCAGACGGCUUCGAGUCCUCCAGCAGAGACUGCAUGUACUCCCAGGGGAGGUUCAAUAAGAACGGCAUCGAUCUGAACAGGAACUUCCCAGAUGCCUUCUCUAAGAAGGAGAGUGGAAUGAGAGAGAUGGAGGUGAGAGCCAUUAUGGACUGGCUGAAGACUGAGAGCUUCGUCCUGUCGGCCAACCUGCACGGUGGGGCUGUGGUGGCCAGCUACCCCUACGACAACAGCAAUGGAGGUAGUGAGCUGCAGAGUGGAUCCAGUGUUGCCCCCGACAACGACGUGUUGAUCCAGCUGGCUAAGACCUACUCCUACACCCACAGCCAGAUGCACAAGGGAGACCACUGUUACGACUCCAAGGACUUUAAGGAGGGCAUCACCAACGGCUACUACUGGUACCCUCUACCAGGAGGGAUGCAGGACUAUAACUACGUGUGGGGCCAGUGUCUAGAGAUCACCUUGGAGCUGUCCUGUUGUAAAUACCCUCCAGAGAGUGAUCUGCCUGGGCUCUGGGACGCCAACCGGGCCGCGCUGCUGGCAUACAUGCAACAGGUCCAUCUGGGUGUGAAAGGGCAGGUGUUGGACGCGGAGGGAAACCCAUUACAGAAUGCUCUGGUGGAGGUGGAGGGGAGACAGAACCUCUGUCCCUUCAGAACCGACCGCCAUGGAGAAUACUACAGACUGCUGCUGCCAGGCAACUACACCUUUAGGGUGACGUUCCCGGGCCACCAGGUGUUGACAGAGACGUUGACGGUCCCGUACGGUCCCGACUCAUUCUCGGCCCUCGUCCACAACUUCCAGCUGCAGAGGUCCGCAGCCGCCACCCCAGGCCCCAGCCGCCCCACCCAGUCCUGCACCCCACCCCAGGUCUGGAGGCCCCUGGGUGGCCACUCUCCCAGCCUGGGCCCCUCGGGCGUCACCAUCCUCCUGGUUCUCCUGGUUCUCCGGGAUACCAUGUUACUGUGACCGAGAGACGGGCCACGUCCCAAAUGGAACCUUAUUAGAGUAGUGCACUAUAUAGGGGAUAGGAUGCCAUGUGGGACGUAUCCAUGGAGACAGACAGACUGGCUGACUCCCAGUCCAGAGACAUUCUCUCUUUUUUCUUCUUCAGUAUUUUUGUACAAACAAAGACAAUCCUAUAUAUAUUUUAUUGUAACACUUUGCAUUGCUCUACCUUGCACAAACACGUGAGCCAUUUUGUGUUUUUAAAAAUGUAAUGUUUUGUAUUGAUGCUUUUUUAGUUUAAAAAAAAUAUUGUGCUGAAAGAAAGCAAUUACUGCCAGCCAGCAAUCUGCCAUGCCAGCAAUCUGCCAUGCCAGCAAUCUGCCAUGCAAAGCUGAGAAGAAGAGACUAUAGUCAAGGGGUAAGGAAGGGUGUUGUUGAGGACAAGGGGUAAGGGAUGGAGGAGUGUUGAGAAGGACAGGGGGUAAGUAAGGGAUGGAGGGGUGUUGAGAAGGACAGGGGGUAAGGGAUGGAGGGGUGUUGAGAAGGACAGGGGGUAAGGGAUGGAGGGGUGUUGAGAAGGACAGGGGGUAAGGAAGGGAUGGAGGGGUGUUGAGAAGGACAGGGGGUAAGGGAUGGAGGGGUGUUGAGAAGGACAAGGGGUAAGGGAUGGAGGGGUGUUGAGAAGGUCUAGAAGUGCCUCUAAGAUCCUACCAGUCCACCUGCAAACACCUGGAAUCACACCUCUACCUGCAAACAUGACAAGACUUUUAGACAGAGACGACCUGCCUGAGCUCACUCCACAGCACAGAGACGACCUGCCUGAGCUCACUCCACAGCACAGAGACGACCUGCCUGAGCUCACUCCACAGCACAGAGACGACCUGCCUGAGCUCACUGCACAGCACAGAGACGACCUGCCUGAGCUCACUCCACAGCACAGAGACGACCUGCCUGAGCUCACUCCACAGCACAGAGACGACCUGCCUGAGCUCACUGCACAGCACAGAGACGACCUGCCUGAGCUCACUGCUUAGCACAGAGACGACCUGCCUGAGCUCACUUCACAGACAGCAGAGAACACACUGCACAGCACAGACAGCAGAGAACACACUGCACAGCACAGACAGCAGGGAACACACUGCACAGCACAGACAGCAGAGAACACACCGCACAGACAGCAGAGAACACACUGCACAGACAGCAGGAAACACACUGCACAGACAGCAGAGAACUCACUGCACAGACAGCAGAGAACACACUGCACAGACAGCAGGGAACUCACUGCACAGACAGCAGAGAACACACUGCACAGACAGCAGAGAACACACUGCACAGACAGCAGGGAACUCACUGCACAGACAGCAGAGAACACACUGCACAGACAGCAGGGAACUCACUGCACAGACAGCAGAGAAUUCACUGCACAGACAGCAGAGAACUCACUGCACAGACAGCAGAGAACACACUGCACAGACAGCAGAGAACACACUGCACAGACAGCAGGGAACACACUGCACAGCACAGACAACAGGGAACACACUGCACAGCACAGACAGCAGGGAACACACUGCACAGCACAGACAGCAGGGAACACACUGCACAGCACAGACAGCAGAGAACACACUGCACAGACAGCAGAGAACACACAGCACAGACAGCAGAGAACACACUGCACAGACAGCAGAGAACACACAGCACAGACAGCAGAGAACACACUGCACAGCACAGAAAGCACAGAACACUAUAUUCCUAGGUAGAACAUUAAUUGAAACAUAUCCUCUCUCCAGACUGUAUCACAAUACCUGUACUAGUGGACUGGAGACUAUCACAAUACCUGUACUCGUGGACUGUAUCACAAUACCUGUACUGGUGGACUGGAGACUAUCACAAUACCUGUACUGGUGGACUGGAGACUGUAUCACUAUAGUUAUUGUCAAAAACAGAACCUUCCUGAAGCAUUGUGGGUAAUGAUGGAUGGUAGACCCAUAAAUGCCACCCUAUUCCCUACCUAGUGCACUACAUUUUACCAAAACCCUAUAGGCCCUGGUUAAAAGUAGUGCACUAUAUAGGGAAUAGAUUGGGUGCCAUUUGGGACAGAGACGAUAUUGUCCACAUAGAUGCCUCUCGUGUUGUUCUACCUCAUCUAUCAACUGACCUUUUGACCUUUCAGCUGACAAUGAUUGUUGUGCCUUGAUGAUGAUUAAAUCUGUCAAUUUAUGUUUCAGGACCAGUCUUUUUUUCCCAUCCACGUCUGUGGUUACAUUGUUCAUGUGUGGGCUAUGUCUUAAGGUGUUGUGUCAAAGUUAACCGAUAUAAUGUAGCGAUUCAUGUGUUGGCUUGAUAGUCGCUGGACCCGGGAUCGAGUCCCGGGUUACGCCUUCAAUAUCAGUAGCUUAAAUCAUGACACUACACAUUAACCUUGCUUGAGAGGUGAUGAUGGGAAGUGGACGGAUGAAGAUUCUGAUAAUAGUUAUGAGCUUUUUUUACCAGCAGGUGGAGUCCUGUCUCCACUAUGCCUAAAGAUCUGCAGGUCAGGGAUAGGUCUACUGUCGUCAGUCGCCUGGGCAACCAGCCAGACCCCACACACCACCAUAAACCCAGAUCUGUCAUUUUAUUUAUUUAUUAAUUUAUUCAGGGGAAAACCAAUGAGACCAGGGUCUCAUCCCCCAGGGUGCCCUGAUUUACAGUACUACAACAAUUUUUUUAAACGAUGUGAAACCAAACAGUAAUCAAUACAAUGUCUAAUAAAAUGUUUUUUUU